UUGGAGUUCCGUCGUGCCGAUGAAGAUGCCGUCGGGAAAGAAAACGUAUUCUCACCAUGUCGAUCUCAAUUAGGGCCUCAAUCAUUUAUAUUUGACGAUUUUGAGGCCGCCGAGAGGACGGCGAACCAGGUGAGUGACGCCGCUGGCCUCCCGUGGACGGUGAUUGGCGCAUCUUCGCGGCGGGGGAGACUGUCCUCCACGCACGACAUUCCUGGAUCUCGUCGAAUACUCGCCGGACGUCGACGACGCCUCAAAGUGCACGACAACUUGCAGGCGCCGGCGCCGGCAGGACUCGCGACGAUGGACGGUGGUGGACGGAGUAUUGAGGAGUUUCCGGCAUGGGAAUGGCAGUGA